AUGAUCUGGUUGGGUGGUGGACAGCUUUUGCCUCAUGGAAGGUGCGGGCUGGCGCCUGGCUCCAAUGACAUUGCUGUUGCUCGGACGAUGCUUUUGAUUCUACUUCUUACCUGUGGGGAUGAAAACAGAAGGGCACUGCCCUGGAAGGAUGCGUGGGGGGGGAUUUGCUUUGUGCUGCACGGCCGAGGGAGAAGUGCAGCCAAUGCAACCAUUGCAACCAAGGUAUGUGGAGCUCACCUAACCAACACCAAGCUGCGGCAUGCUGUGCAGAGCUGGCAGAUCCGCUGCUGUAGCCGUGGGCCUCUGAGCCGCUAA